AUGCGCGAGUACCAGCGGAUCAAAGAUGGGUUUGACCCCAAGAACGACUCGGACGUCACGUUAGGGGAGAUUGUACAGUACAGGCUGGACUACUACCUGUCCACCAAUCCUUACGCCAAGGCUCUCCUGCUCCUGAACUCAACCUUCCUUGUCAUCCUCUUCGGAGGGAUGAUCCUGUCUCUGACGCAAGGGGAGGACAUCGGCAGUGCCCUGUGGGAGUCUUGGACGUACGUCGCUGAUCCAGGAACGCAAGUCAACGCUGAGAAGCCCGGACUUCGCGCCAUUGCGCUUGCGAUCACCGUUGGAGGACUCGUCGUGUUCGCCUUGAUGGUUGGUCUGAUCACAGAGUCCGUCUCGGAGCAGGUGGAGGAUUUCCGCAAGGGGAAGAGCAGAGUGCUGGAGCACGGGCACACGCUGAUCCUUGGCUUCAACGACAAGUGUCUGAGCAUCAUAGAGGAGCUUGCGAUCGCCUUUGAGAGCGAGGGAGGAGGGACCAUGGUGGUGCUAUCGGAUCAUCCCAAGGAGGAGAUGGAGACGAUCCUCCAGGGAGCGAUUGACAGCAAGGAGCGCAGACUGAACCUGAGGGGCUCUCAGGCCAGUCCCGCCCCUCCCGUUAUCUUUCGGAGCGGGGACCCCCUGCUAGAGCAGGAGCUGUUCAAGGUGGGAGUGACAAGGGCCAAGUCCAUCAUCGCCCUGACUCGAGAGGAUCUGGAUCCCGACGAGGCAGACUCCCUUAUGCUCCGACAGCUCCAGGUCUGCAACGCUCUCGAGCCCUGUCUUCUCAGCGUGUCUUGUCAGGAUGUGGACAACAAGAACCUAGUUCAGCUCGUCUCGAUCAAGACGGAGAUUUUAGUGUCUCACGACUUGAUCGGUCAGCUCAUGAUCAGCUGCUCGAGGCAACCUGGCCUGGCCUACGUAGUGGAAGCUAUCUUCAGCUUCGAUGGAUCGGAGUUCUACUUCAAGGAGUGGCCGGAGCUGAUCGGCAAUCGGUUCGGCGACCUUGUCUGCCGGUUCGAUGACGCCAUUGUGAUGGGGGUCCGCACGAAAGAUGGGGAGGUUAUUCUGAAUGCCGACAGGAGCUACAGGAUUGCACCCGGCGACGAGCUGAUCUGCAUAGCCGAGGACGACGACUCUUACUCACUCAACGACGGCUUCUUCAUGCAGUCACGAGCUGAAAUCCUGGGAAGGUUCGAGGAGGAGAAGGAAGAGCCGGAGAGGAUCUUGUUCUGCGGGUGGAGGAGAGACAUGGCGGACAUGAUUAAACACCUGGAUGGGAUCGUAGAGCCAGGGAGUGAGUUGUGGCUGCUCAACACGGUACCUGUGACAGAGAGGAAUGAGAUGCUGACAGACAAGGGGAACAAAGAGAAACUCAAGCUGAAACGCCUGGUGAUCAAGAACGCGCAGGGCAACCCGACUGUUCGCCGCGACCUGCAGCGAGUCCUGGCACUUGAUGAGUUUGGUUUCGAGACAGGAGAGUACCGUCUGCUCACAGAGUAUGACAGCAUCCUGAUCUUGGCAGACGAAGCCAUCACUGAUGGAUCGGAUCUCAAGAGCACGGACGGCCGUUCCCUUGCGGCCUUCCUCCUAAUCUCAGACAUCAGAAGCAAAAUCUUGGCUGAGAACAGUGAUGAAAGGAUGCAGAGGGAUGGCGGGAGGGAAAGAAUCAUCAGUGAGAUCCUGGAUGCUGCUAACACCAAGAGCCUGCUCCGGGAACUUGACUGUAAGGGGUACGUCAUGUCAAACAAGAUUAUCAGCAACGCUCUUGCUCAAGUGGCAGAGAACUCAGCAAUGAACAUAGUGAUGUCCGAGCUGCUGGCGUCAACGGGCAAUGAGCUGUUCCUAGAGGACGCGAGCGAGUUUGUGGAUACGCAGGAAGGAAGUGCUGUUCCGUUCUGGGAGAUUGCGCUGAGGGCAAGUCAGAGGAACUUCGUGGCGAUUGGAUACAGGGCAAAGGGGAUUGACUUCGCAUUGGACAAUCAUAUCAAGACAUUGGUAAAUCCUACAGGCAAGGAUGUUCCAAGAGUCUGGGAAGAAGGAGACCAGAUUGUCCUCAUGGGCAGAAGAGAUGGUUGAUACCUCUCCUUCCGAGAGAUUACCGCUUUUUGCAGGCAGUUGCUUACCUGGCCGAUCAAAUCUUAUCCUCUUUUGAUGUAAAUCUCGUGAAUUUAUAAAUUUGAUUGAUG